AUGGCAUGGCAGACGGUGCAACGGCGACGGGGCCGCAACGCAGGCGGUGCGGAGCUGGCGGCGGACCUGCUGCAGAGCCUCUUCGAGGGGGGCGGCCGGCGCAACGGGAAGCAGCAGCCAGACCCCCCGCUCCGCCGGGCGGAGUGGCGCUGCGGCUGCGACUGCACGAACUGGGCAGAGCGCGCGGACUGCCGCAGGUGCGGCGCUGCCCGGGGCGGCGCGCCGGCGGCCUGCCCUCCGCCUGCGCCGGCUGCCGCCGGCGAGGCUGGGGCAGCAGCCUGGCCGGCUUUGCCCAACGCCCGGCCGCUGCGGCCAGGGGCCCAAGCCGACGCUCUUCGCAGGGCAACGGCCGCCGCGCGCAAGGCAGGCGCGCACCCAGCCGCCUUGGAGGCGCUGGAGCAAGACGAGGCCGCAGCCCGCGCGCGCCAGGCGCAGCAACGCUCUGGCAACCGCUUGGAGGGCCUCCGGGCGGCGGCGCGGAAGGCCGCCGCUGCUGCGACUGCUGCGGACGAGGCGGUGGCAGCCGCGACGCGCCGGGCAGAGGAGGCCCGCGCCGCGGCGGCAGCUGCCGAGGCAGCGGCCCGCGAGGAGGAGGAGGCUGCCCAGACGGCGGCUGCCGAGGCAGCGGCCCGCGGGGAGGCUGCGGCGCCGGCGCGGGACGCUGGGGCGGAGCAACUGCUGCAGGCCACGCGCGAGCUCUUGGACCGCCUGGAGACCCACGCCUGGGGCGACGCGCCAGAGCCGCUGCUGGCGGCGAUGGCUGCGGCGCACGCCGCCCUGGAGGCAGCGGGGCCACCGCCGCCCCCGCCCGACUUGGACGCCGAGUUGGGCGCGGGCACAGACAACGAGCUCCAGGAGGCUUCCGCGGGGGACGCCCUGGAGCAGCUCCGGGGAGCGGCCGACGACGCGGCCCUCCUCGCCGCCGCCCGCCGCCUGCGCGGCAACCGCGGCGCCCGCCGGCCGGCCUGCCAGCCUCGCCCCGACCGCCGCGGCAGCGAGGCCGCAGCCGCACACCAGGCCGCGCCUGAGACGCCUCUGCGGCUAC